AUGAACAAGGAAUUUACCAAAGCAGCCGACAUUCUCAAACAAAGCGAAUCUGAGAAACAACAAGAAACCUCACAAAAAGAAGGUCAAAUGAAUAGUAGUAGCAACAUCAACCUUUCCAGUACAGGAGGAGGAGGUUCUGAUUUUCAAGAAAAAUCAAAUAUUGGCAACAAGAUCGACCCAUCGGAUUUGCAUUAUAAAGAUUCUGAGGGAGGAAAUAAGCGUUACACUUCCAAUGUAGAUAAGGAGAUGAAACAAGCAAAAGAUAUUGAGAGUAAUAUUGAGAGUAACUCUGCAGCACCUCAAUGGAGACUUUAA